UUGUCAGUGGUUGUCAAUAUGAAAUUUCUUAUCGACUUGUUAAAUUUGUUUUGAUUUGUGUUUGUUGAUAGUGUUGAUGAAGUUAACUUGGAAUUAACGACAUUGAAAUAGAAUUUCUCUAAAUUUUGUUUAUAAAAAUAUGGCUGAACGCAAAACAAAAGUUCUUUUCGUUUCCUGCAUCAAAAUAAAAGGGAUUCAUCUUUUACCACCUGUGAUAACACAGAAAAGACUCGCUGAACUGCAAGGUUACAAACUACAAGCCAUAAAACUUGAAAAACGUUUGAAAAAUUGUAGGGACUUAAAAAAGAAUUUAGAAGAUCUUCUAAAUAUGCAAUCACUAACAGAUAGACCACAUUCAGAUAUUUCAUUUCGGGAUGACAACCACGUUGAAGCUUUAGGGAUUACAGACAAGACUAAUACUAUGAAUUUUCCAUUAAAAACUAAAGCGCUAAGAAAAAUAAAGUUAAGUAAAGAUAUCAUAGAUGUAACUCAGUACAACAGUGAUGGCAUUAAAAUAAUAUGCAACGAUGCACAUUGUGCUACAUUGAACCAAGGUCAUUAUAUAAAUCGUAAUACCAAAAAUAUUGACGCCAACACAUCCCAACAAAUUGGGUCUUUAUCUUCACUUAGGAAUAAUCAAGACAAUAACAAUUCAGAAGACGAUGAUUUAAAUUCAAUGAAAUUAAAUAAAAACAAUAUAUGUGAUGAAAAAUCUCCAACUAUUUGUUCCUCAGAUAAUGAUUCUCUGAAAAACAUAUCUUCCACUUCGGAAAAAUCUCCAAGACCCAGACUGAUUAGAAGUAAUUCAUAUACAUUAGACACACCAAGUCCAAUAUUGUUGGCACAUUUACAGAAAACUGAAAAAGGCAAUAAAUAUGCUGAGAUAAAACACCUUGAGGAUGUGAGAAAUUUAUCGAUUUCUAGAAAUUGGUCUUCCUUAGAAAAUAAUUACAUACCGUUUGAAAACAGUGAAUUUAGCAGUAUAAAUACUGUAUACAAUACAGGUUUUAAUGAUUCGGAUAAAGAUGACGUACAAUCCAGUACUCCAAAUGACAUAAAAGAACUGCAAAAUCCAGAACUUAGUUCACCAGCUAUUAAAGUCAUCCACACUGACAUAUCUGUUCAAAAAAUUACUGUCGAUACAAAUAACGAAAUUGUUCAAGAUGCAUUAAAUGAAAACUUUGAAACGUCCGACUCGCAGUUGUUGCAGGUAUUGAAGACCUUACCGGACAUUUAUGCUAAGCAAAUUAUUGAACUGAUCGAAACGCAAAAACUAGAAAAACAUAAAUUAACUGAUUAUAAAGAAGAAUCACAAAAGAAUGUUAAUAAAUCCAAUGUCGAAAUGUCAAAAAAAGCAGAUGAUCCUGUAAAUAGAAACAUUAAUAACAAAAACAAAGAUCACCGUAACACGAACAUUAAAAAUGAUUACGGCAGUUUGGCUCAAAAUGUUUCGUUUUCGGGAACUGAGAAACUACAAGGCAGCACUACGUCCAUAUCCCCCAGCCAAUCGAUUUACUACAGCUCGACAUCGUCCGACACGCUUCGGCCUUUGAGUAACUCUUCCGUACGGCUCAUCGAUUUCGAAUGUGACGAUACAAUCACCUGUGGUGAAAAAUCUUACUCCCCAAAGAAAACAGACAUUACAGAGUAUUACGUACAUGAAGAGAUCAAGAAGGGAAUGAAUGUGAGUCGAGAACUCUUUCCCCAGUUGGAUGAAAAUACAAUUCAUGAUAUCAAAAAGGAAUGGGCUGCUUCUAUUAUUGGCGCGCACGUCAAGGGCUAUUUGACCAGGAGACUAUUGAAAACGGAGAGAGUGCAGUCUUUGAUAGAGACGAUCAAAGAUGCCCUAAUGUGUGCCCUGCAAUUGCACAACGCCGAAAAUAUCGAUGAAUCCGACGUUGAGCUCCACCGAAGGUUAAUUAACCAGGUUUCCGCUGCAUGUUACACUUUCCAUGACAUCUUCUUCGCCUUCACGGUACAGGAGCAAAUGCUGAUCAUAGCGACGGAUAGACAACGUAAACUGGAAAAGGCGAAACGACCCGCUUCCGCACCAUCCGCUCGUCGAUCAAAACCGUCUUCCGCUCGAUCUACUCCGAGACAGAGGGUGUUGUCUCAGUCACGAAGUCUAACCAAAGUAUAACGGGUGUUAUUGUUUUAUUUUUGUUUUUGGAAGGGAAUGGAAUAAUUUUUUUUUGUUCAAGUAUCGUUCCAUUGUUUAUAUCGGAUAUCACAAGGUGCUUAAAAAAUAAUUAGGGUACGUAUAUGUAAAUGACUUGAUUAUUAUUCAUUAAUAGUCUUUGUCCGAACAUGGCUUUUCGUGAAAUUUAAAAAAUAUUUUGACUUGUUAUUUAGUGAAAAUAAUAUUUUUUCUGUGCUUAUAUCAAUACUUAUCAUAUUAUGGAGGUUAAAUUUAAAUACAAAACAGUGCAUUCCAUUUUCUGAGAUGUUGACACUUUAUCUUGCAACGUAUAGUAUAUUUCAUAUUUUUAAUAACUCUAAUCGUUUUUGAGUUAGAAAUCAGUUACAUUUUUUAAAUUGAAAAUAAGUUAAAAAUAUCCUACAGGCUUAAAAAACUUAUGGUUUGUCACAGUUAUUCCAGUAAAGUAAAAAGUUUCUAUUUACUUCACAGAACGUUGCUAAAUUGUUGCACCCGUGCUAUAUCUAGUCUGUUCCGUUGUCCUGGUUCAGUAAAUUUCCACUUGUGGCAGCACAGUACAGUACGUUUGACAAGUUACUUCAAUUGUUUAGAUCAAACUAACACUUAGAAAUUACAUCAAAUGUCAAAUAUCUGUUGAGGUUAUGUUUGUUUAUUUUAAGAUUUAUAAAUUGCAAAUCUCAAAAUAAUGUGUUACUGUGAAUAUGUAAAAAAGUUAGUUGGAUAGGAAUGACAUAAAUGGUGUUUACAUUAAAGUUUUAAAAGCUAGAUAGAAAUGUGUAUGGGGCAUUCCAUGCCAAAUCGACCACUUUUAACCCUGAUCCGUUUCGAUUUGGCUAAAAC